CUAUGAUCUAUGAUUAACGACACAAUAUGUAUAUAGUACAUCUGGCGACAUGAAAUUUAACUUGUGAUUCAAAUAAAACUCAACAAAACAACAUGGUUUUGCUUAAGCCUAUUUGAAACAGGCAUGAUCCUAUACAACAAAAAGAAAACCAAUGAGAUGUACAUCACGUGACUAAAUGUUCAUUGUUGUGUUGUGUUUUGCUUUGAUUUUAAGUUGAACACAUGAUUGGUAUUCAGACAGUUCGAGUACACUACAAUGUACUAUAAAACGUAAUAAUAUCAGAACGUUAGAGUGAACUAUCAUUUUGCCUCGUAAUUGUCGUAUUGUUGAAGUAAAGUAGACAAUUGUUUUGACCAUCAGUGUACUUAUCAUUGAGCCAUAUUGUGCGAUUGCAAGAUUAUACUCAUCUUCUACCAUAACAUAACCUUGUUUCCAUUCUAAAAAAAUUAAAAUCAUGUCUGAAGUUGAAGAAGCACCAUCAGAAGCUGCAGAAGCAGCUGUUGAACCAGAUGUUGUAUCUGAAGAAGACAAGCAAUAUGUGAUAGAUUAUGUAAAAGAGACAGAGCAACGAUUAGCAACAAAAGAAGAAAUUCGAGCAGCUAAUUUAAAUCCUAAUAGACCAUCAGAUACAUAUUUUAGUAAAUUAGAUUCGACACUAAAACGAAACACAACAUUUGUCAAAAAAUUAAAAAAUUUCAGCAGCAUGCAAUUGGAUACAGUUCUAAAAGAUAUGAUACACUUAAAUUUAACAAAAUAUAUAAGUGAAGUUGCUACUGCUUUAGUGGAUGCAAAAUUAAAAAUGACUGAUGUUGCACCUGCCAUCAAAGUAUGUAGCUUUUUACAUCAGACAUACGCAGAAUUUUCAACACACUUUUUCGAAAAUUGGCAAAGAAUUUUAUCUUUGAAAGUUGCUGAUAAGAUUGCAAAUCCAAGUAAACUUAGAGUGGAUCUAAGAUUUUAUGCUGAAUUAGUUAAUGCAGGAAUUUUUACACAUAAACAAAGACUGCCUUUACUUGGUUCAGCUUUAACAGUUUUAAUUAACAUGGAUAAAGAAGAACAUAAUAAUGCAAGUAUUAUACUAAGUUUUUGCAAACAUUGUGGUGAAGAUUAUGCAGGUCUUGUGCCCAAACGAGUAAGAGAAAUAUCAGAAAAAUUGAAUAUAUCAAUUCCUAGAAGUAAAUUACUUUCACCUGAUAAGCAACAAAAUGUUAGACUGUUGCUAAGAGAAUAUUACAACUCGCUAUGUAAACAUUUAUUAAAGGAGUACAAAGAUCUUCAAGCUUUUGAAAAACAAAAUCGAAAAAUCUUACAAACCAGGGGCGAAUUAAGUUCUGAAAGAAAAGAAAAGCUUGAGAGCCUUCAAGUAUCUUAUGAACGUUUGCUCAACAAUGUGCAAAGUUUUUCUGACACUUUAGAUGAACCCAUGCCAGAACUUCCUGUUGAUAGUGAAAUGAAAGCAGAAGCAGAAGAAACAUUAAAAAUGAUUAGCGAAGGAGAAGAAAAUAGCAUCCUUGAGGAUAUGUGGGGAGAUGAAGAAACUAGACGAUUCUAUGAAGUUUUAACAGACUUAACAGUAUUUCUUCCAGGAUCACAGUUUAAAGAAGUACCUAAACAAGAUGCACCAAUAAGUGAAGAAGCUUUGGAUGAAGAAAUUACAUUUGAUGAGUUAGAAGAAACUGAAAAAGUAGAUGAACCAGAAGCAGAAGUAGAAGAACCUCAGGUUGCAAACAUUAGUAAUAAAAUACUCUUGGAUGCAUUCCUAACACAUUUACCAAAUUGCGUUAAUCGUGAAAUGAUCGACAAUGCAGCUGUUCACUUUCUAAUAAAUCUCAAUACAAAACAUAACAAAAAGAAAUUAGUGAAAGCAUUGUUUGGAGUAUCUAGAAUUCGUUUGGACUUACUACCAUUUUAUUCACGUUUAGCUGCUAUUCUUUACCGUGUUAUGCCUGAUGUUGGGAACGACUUAUGUUCAAUGUUAAAACAGGAUUUUAAAUACCAUGUGCGUAAAAAGGAUCAAAUUAAUAUUGAAUCAAAAGUAAAAGUUGUUCGGUAUAUUGGUGAGCUUGUAAAAUUUAAACUUUAUUCGAAGAUAGAAGCGUUAUAUUGUUUGAAAGUAUUGUUGCAUGAUUUUACACAUCACCACAUCGAAAUGGCAUGUAACUUAUUAGAAACAUGCGGAAGGUACUUGUUUUGUUCUCCGGAUUCACAUCAAAGAACAAAAGUAUAUUUAGAGCAAAUGAUGCGUAAAAAAGCAGUCACUGCGUUAGAUUCACGUUAUGUAACGAUAAUUGAGAAUGCAUAUUAUUUUGUAAAUCCACCAGAAUCUACUGGUGGUGUUUCUAAAAAGGACAGACCACCGAUUCAUGAAUUUAUACGAAAAUUAUUGUAUCAAGAUCUUUCAAAAACUAAUACUGAUAAAGUUCUUAAGUGGAUGCGUAAAUUAGACUGGGAAGAUGAAAAUGUAUCCUCUUACGCUAUUAAGUGUCUCACUGCCGCGUAUAAUGUGAAAUAUUUAAAUAUUCGAUGCGUUGGAAGUUUAUUAGCAGGACUUGUUGCACAUUAUGAAACUAUAGGUCCCCAUGUAGUCGAUGGUGUGUUAGAAGAUAUAAGACUAUGCAUGGAAAUUAAUUUACCAAAGUUUAAUCAACGUCGGAUUGCCAUGGUUAAAUAUCUUGGAGAAUUAUAUAAUUAUCGUAUGGUAGAAAGUGGCGAUAUUUUUCGAACAUUAUAUUUGUUAAUUACUUUUGGAGUUAGCAUGGAUCAUAACAUACCAAGUAUUCUGGAUCCCCCAGAUCACUUGUUUAGAAUUCGACUAGUUUGUACAUUAUUAGAAACCUGUGGACAAUAUUUUAGUGGUGGUUCUAGCAAGAAAAAACUUGAUUACUUUUUAAUAUUCUUUCAAAAUUAUUUCUGGUUUAAAUACACAGAUCCAAUCUGGACUCCUGACAAUCCUUUUCCUGUAGGUAUAGAUUAUAUGUAUCGCGACACACUAACAAUGUUAAGGCCUAAAAUGCAAUUAUUUCAAAGUUACAAAGAAGCACAAUGUGCUGUGGAAGAAUUACGAAUCACACUGUAUCCCACUCUUGGAAAUCCUAUUGCAGAGGAUGGUGUUGAUGCCGAAACUGAUAUGGGUGUAAUUGCUGAGGGAGAUGAAGAAGUAACUGUAACAUCUGGAAAUGGUAGUGGAGAUGCAAAAGGAGUAGCCGAUUUACAUUUUGAAGAAUCUGAAGAUUGUUCUGAAGCACAGUCAGAAGAAGAAUGGACAGCUGAUGCAGAAAGAGAUGAUACUAUGGGCACACAAGAAAAUACACAAGGAGAUCAAAGUCUUUCAGAAGGUGGUACAGAUGGUGUCCUAAUGGAUGUCACAGAAUUAAAUGCAGCAUUACCAGCAGGUCCUAGAAGAGUGAGUUGUCCUGAAGAUGAUGACUUUUUAUCCGCUCUUGAUAAAAUGGUUUCAGACAACAUACAAGACAGAAUGCGAGAUUCCGUAAAGCCGCAGCAAGUAGAUAUUUCUGUUCCUUUGCAUGUAAAAAGUACUAAAAAGACAUAUGAGCAACUACAAGAAAGACCUUCUGAUAAUAGCACGGUUGACUUUGUCCUUAUGCUAAGGAAAGGCAAUAAACAACAGUACAAAAAUUUGGCAGUUCCGGUGUCAUCAGAACUAGCAAUGAAUCUUCGAAAUCGAGAACAAGAACAGAAAGAAGAAAAAGAACGAGUUAAAAGAUUAACAUUGAACAUAACAGAAAGACAAGAAGAGGAAGAUUAUCAGGAAACAAUUAAUCAGAGUACAAGACCAGUGACGGUAAAUUUAAAUAGAGAGCGAAGACAAAAGUACAAUCAUCCAAAAGGUGCACCGGACGCUGAUCUUAUUUUUGGUCCCAAAAAGAUACGAUAAAUUCGUUUACUUGAUGUUGGAACGAUAUUUGUCACAAUAUAAAAUUAAAAGUGACUUUACACAAAACUCUGAAUCACUUCGUCGUAUGUUUAUAUAUAUGAUUUAUAACAUCUCACUGUUUUUUUAUUUAUGAUCUGAAACCCACAAACGUUCUUCAUAUAGAUCUUUAGUUCUUCGUACUUUUCAUUGUAAAAAAAUGUUAUUU